AUGUCCAUUCCAAAAGAUUCAAUGAUGAUGAACUGUUGCUCUCUCUUUCAUCCUCCGAUUCAUCAAAUUAUUUCAAUACCUUUCAAUCCAUCACCAGUAUAUAUCAUAUUAACUACCGAUGGCACAGUACUCAUAUCCAAUUCGUCGUUGAUGAGGAAUCCACUAUUGGAUGUCAUGAGAGAAUUUCAUGGUUUAUGUGAGGAUGAUUCAUUUAUUGUAUUGGAAGAAACUCACGUCCAUAGUUUGGAUAAAAACGUAGUCACCAGUACCGAUGUGAUGAAAAGUCAUUUCUUUUCAGAAUUUUCCUCUGUGUUUUUCAAAUAUUCAACCUUUCAUGAACUUUCCAAAUUAAUGAACUGUGUUGGUCAAUCGAGAGCGAACAAGACAAAAACCAACACUGAGCUUUUGAAAAUUUAUUGUCAGAGCGAUUCGUAUCGACAAGUCAUGAAAGCUAUUGAAUCGAAUAAUUUGCAUUUUAGUGUGAAAGAAAAAGAACAAACACAAUCUUAUUUUCAAGUUCUGGAAACAAUUACCACACCCUUUGGAGAUUGCUACAUUCUUCCAAAGUGGAUGUUUGGAAAUGAAAAUGUGAAAUGCAUUGCCACAAAUGAUGGAAGUAAAAUGGCAAUUGUAACAGAAUCCAACGGUGUUUAUGUUUAUGGAAUGGACGGUUUUUCUGGCAAAAAGGUAUUUGUUGCUGACAAGAACGACAGCUUCACAAAUAGACCUCUUGCCUAUCAAAUAAGACCGCCUAAAACUGCUUAUCAACAUUCAGAAUUUGAUGAAGGAAAGUUUUUUACAUGUAAUCAAUUCCAAAUUGAAAAUGUAAAAUGUGGAAAUAAUUUCGUAGCGUGCUUGUGCAGAAAUCAUGAGGUGGUUGUUGCUGGUGAUAAUUCAAUUCGGACUAUUGGACUCUCUUCACCCUCUUUUUACGGAAUUUUGACACCCUUGAGGUUUACUCAAUUUAUUAAGGAUGAAAAGCAUAGAAACGAUAAUGUUAUUGACAUGGCAAGCGGAUUUUCUUUCAUAUGUUACUUAACAUCGAAUGGAAACGCCUUUUAUUCUGGGACUCUUAUCAAAAGAUGUGCAGAGGAUAUUGAACCAAUCCUAAUUUCGAACUAUGAAAAUCAGAAAAUUGUUAAAAUUGCAGCAUAUGGUAAAUCAGCGAGUUUUUUGUUGGAAGAUCAAAGAACAUUGUGUCACAUGAUUAGUAGUAGAUUGACAUUCAAAGAAAUCACAUUACAAUUUCCUGAAGUAGUGAUCGACAUGUGUUGUGGUGAAGAUUUAUUGCAAGUUCUAACCUUGGAGUCGAAUCAUAGAUUGUUGAAUGUCUAUACGAUCGCUUUUUCUGAGAGAGGGCUUCAAACCAUCCAUUCCCUCACAGACGUUCAUGUGUUACAACAACCAGAACAACAUGGAGUACAACUAAAAUAUCAUAACUGUAACAAUCAGUCAAUUUAUGGAGUGGGGGUGUCGCCUCCUUCAAAUUUGGAUGAAUUUGAUGAGGUGCAUUGUUCUCUCAUGACUCCAACCUUCCCCAAUAUUCACAAAUCAUUGAAACUGAGUCUGUACUCGCAAGUGUAUAGGCAACUGGAGAGCUUAAUUAUUGGAAUUGACACAAAGGACAUUCAAUAUAUGAAACAGAAUUUGGCGAGUUUAAUCAAACGAGCUCCAUUUAGGUCAGACGUUUAUUUUCGUACUGCAGUACCAUGA